AUGGCAAGACGUAAAGCUCUUGCACUGCAACCACCAGCCAAUACCCAAGCUCCACCCAAUGAGGAUCCCAAACCAGUAAUUUUGACUCUUCUGCCCAGCAAGGGCCAGAAACGACCCCGCACAAGGUCGUCGCUGCUACGAUCCCUGGAGGAUAAUUCUGCCGCUGCUUCUGUGGCUCCAAAACGGAAGAAGAACAAGAAUCCCAAAACGGCCAAGAGCCGAGGGAGAGAGGAACUGCCGGUGAUCGACUUGACCGUGGACGAGAGCUCGUUCGACUGUUCAUUUGAGCAGGGCUCGAAACCUGGCCCUGAAGAAUAUAAAAGCGCUGAUGUUUCCGCUAUUUCUACUCCCGAGAAGCCAGCUCCACACGAUGUAGAUCCAACGAAUCAGAAACUACGAAACUCGAAGGGAAGAGGCAGGCUCUCGGAACUCGUGAGUCUUGAGGAUACGCCGCAGCUCAAACCUGCUGCGCGGGAGCCACCUCAUGGCGAUGUACCAUUUGAGCUCAAUUCGUCGCCAAUCAAAAAGAUCCAGACGGAGAUGAUCCCUCGCCUGGGCAAAAAGAAGUCUGUGCACUCGAACAUCCUGUCCUCUCCGACGAAGAAGCGCAAGUCUGUGGCUUUCUCUGACACCAUCGCCAGCGAUAUCAUUGAAGAGUACUCUAAUAUGGAUGUAGAACCGCAGCUUAAUACUCCGAGACGCUCCAUUCUCAAGGCUACGCAAAUUGAACUCGUGUCUCCACUUGACCCAUGCAACUCGUCGAUGUGGGUGAAGUCGCCUCAACGAGCCCAGGUCCACUCUCCUAGUAAUCCCCAGUUCUGGCAGCCGGGCACCAUAAUACAACUACUGUGUAAGUCGCAGGAUCUUCCUCAGCUCCUUGAGGGGUGUCUUGACGUUCUUGAAGAUGCGGCUUUUGAUAAGAAGUUCGAGGUCUAUGCCACCUUGAAUCUUAUUUGUAAAACGAAUGAUGUAACAACGCUCAAGGAGCUUCUUCUUGGAGAGGACUCGGUGUGGAUAGCGCAUGUUGAAGCAAACACUGAGUUCAAGCGGAGCAAUCCGACGCAAUACAUGAAGCUGCUUUGUGCUUACGCUCAGCGAGACAUCGGUCUUUUGGAGUCCAGUCUAUUCGUCAAAAGCGAAGCUCCUCGAUUGACCGCUCCCUCUAACAACCCAUUUGAUUCCAGGAUUUUGAACCAGGUUUUGAAGUUGAUUGCCAAUCUAUUGGCCUUGCCAACGUUAAACGCUGCUAUUUCUGUUGAGGAUAUCCGCUCAUUUUACUCACACACCUGUGACAUUCUUGUCAAGCCCAACAUUCCCAAGUCCCUAGUUGCGCCCUAUCUCAGCAUCAUAAAGGACUGCAACAUUUCUUCUAAGAGACGCAAACUUGUCUUCGAGGCAACUGCCGACCCCCUUCUGGAGAAGCUUUUAUUUGCGUUGCUCAACAUGAGAAACUUUGUUAGUUCUUCUCUUAUAAACGAAAAAUUUAUUGCCCUUCGAAACCUCGUUCAAAAUUUCCCCAAUGUUCUUGCCAAAAAUUUCCACCUUUGGUUUCCUGGGUUUUUGCUCAAUCUUUGCGACUUGUCUUUUGUCUUGUAUGCCAAAGUCAUAGGAACUGGAGUCACAACCUUGCUCGAGGUUGCAAGAACAUACCUAGAUGUGCAAGAUGUCUGCUCUGUUACAAGAAGGGUACUUGAAUCUCCUAUACCCAUGGAAUCCAAGUCUUGGAUAUCGGAAAAUCUAUUGUCCAUCAAUUCCUAUCCCCAGACAUUGACAAUAGACUAUGUGGCAGAGAAUCUCAAAGAGCUCAUAUGGCAUGGCCAUCAUAAAUACGCCAUGGACAUUUGGGUAGGUUUGACACUACUCAUAGGGAAUAUACCGGGCGGAUUGGAGAACUGGAAGCAUCUCAAUGAGUGGCUACAAGUUCACAAAGACUGCUUCAAUGAAAAGUCGUUCCUGGCGAAAGAGACAGCCCUCACUUCCUGGAAAGUCAUAAUCUACAAAAUUUGUUUCCACGAAUUGAGGGAUAUCAAAGCAUUGAUACCAAUCUCCGUAAAUUCCCCCGUCAAACUGAACCCCGGAAGUGCUUCGAGGCACACUCCGAAUUGGGAGCUUGCCUUGCGGCCAAAAAUCAAGCUUCUCAUUCAUCCUUUCUUGUGCAUCAAUACAACGGAGAUCAGAAAUGAGAUAGUGGAUUCUUUCCACAGAGUCUUCGUGUCUAUUCUUUACAACCUAUUUAAUUUCCAUCAGAAAUCUAACUCUAGAUUCUUUCAGGUUUGUUGGCUAAGGAUUGUUGUACCUGUGAUGAUGAAUUUCUAUUUCAAGUCGAAAUCUUCAACUGAAUACAUGCACCUUCUAGGAAGUGAUGUGGUGCUCGGCUUGUUGAGCGCUCCCGCCAAUUCAAGUGAAAAAGUUCCCAACAGUAUUCGGUGCUUGUCCAAUGAACCUAUCAGAAUUGCGGAGGUACAUCCUUUCAAUCCAAGAUGGCUACACUCGGGCUUCGAGAAGGUGUUCCCAGUCCUACAACUACUCUUUGAGCUGGAGCAUAUCCCUAUUGAUACAAAGUUGACUGGGUUGUGUUCAUUUUUGAACUCAAUCAAGCUGAUACUCAAGAAAGAGGUGCAACCCUCGAAUGCUACAUUUGAUCUUAUUGAGAGCCUUCAUAUCCCCUUGCAGCUGAUUUUUGACACGCAUGAAAUGACUUAUGAAGUGACCUUCAAGCUCAUUUUAAACCUAAUUGACGCUUUUGGAGCAGCAAACUUGGUACCAAGCGAUGCAUCUACGAAAAGUGUAUUCGACGUUGUAUUGAGGCAAUCUUCCAAAAGCUUCUCGGAUCACCAGAUGAAUGCAAUUUUGAGUAUGCUCUAUGGCGCUGUGGGGGAGAAGAAGAGUCUUCUUUUUUUGCGUUUGUUGAAUGAUGUGAACGUUGAGAUAAAACGAGAAGAUGUAGCUUCUUACAUUGGUGAAUGCUUGAACAACCGCAAGAACGCAAAAUUUACUCUUCAGGAAAUGAUGAUAGUCAGCAAUAUCUUCAAAACUUUGGACCAGAAUUAUGCCGGGGUGGCCAAGAGGCUUAUACAACAAAUAGUUCUUACAAAGCCUGAAGAAUUCGAGUCUCUCAUCCAGCAGCUACAUGUUGCAAUGUGGUCAUCGCAAAUCUUUAUUUUUUUCCUCAAUCUCAUGUAUGAUGCACCAUACGAUCAUUUGAAAAGAGCUAUCUUAUCAUUGAUCGAAAAGAGGCUACAAGAGCCGGAAAUGGUAGAACCAAUUUUGGUGUAUUUGCUAGAGCAAAAGGCGACUAGUGAAAUUUUGAACCUCAAGGAUCUAGUCAUUACUAAGCUCAAGCCGCUUCUUCCAAGUCAUGAAGCACUCAAGCAAUUGUGGUCUUCGUAUGUUAAGGAGUAUUCUGGAGACAUGACAAGUUUAGACAAAAUUCUUGUUAGUGCACUUCGUCAAAACGUAGCUGUGGAGGAUUUGAUUAAUGACAGGUGGGAUCAACUCCCAGAGUUCAGGGCGGAAUGGGCGGCUAAGAUUGGACUGGAUUGUUCAGAAAGUUCCACAUCAGGUGCCUAUCCUAUUGCUGCAGAAAAGCUUGACAACAUGCUUGAGAAAGAGUUUCUGAACACUUUGACUCUGCAGCCAGAGAUAGAGAAGGCGGAGGAGCAUGAUGAAAUCGUCAACGCAGAAGCCAGCGGACAUGAGAGUUCUGAACGCACCGAAGAUAUUGACUCAACCAACUCUCUGGCCGAAUCCUCUCAUGGGGACUUGAAUGCAGUGAAUGUCAAUCAGAUAGUGAUUUCGUCCUCCGACGAAAGUUCGUUGGAUAUGAACUCUAGGGACGUGGUGGCUAAUUCCGCUGAUUCAAGUGUUGAUGAGUCCUUUGAAAAAUCUGAUCUGCAAACCAAGUCUGAAAUUGAGUCGAGUCAUCAAGGGAAUCAAGAGGCCUGUAGGGAAUUGACCCCUUCCCAGCUUCAGGUAGCGAUUAUCAAGCCCAGUCCAGAGAUUCAGGACGACGAAACCGAAAAAAUCGAUUCUUCUGAGGAGAAGAAAACCUCUGAGGAAGAGCUGUCGCUUGUGUUGGUUCAAAAUAGCCUCGAGCUGGAGAAAAGUAAUGCGCUUGAUGUGAACUCGGCGGUAGUCUGCGAGGCCUCUGGACUUUUGGGAAAGCUCUCCAAAUUAAUGAGCGAAGUGGGUGACGCAGACAUUGUCGACCUCAGCGAGUCCAAUCAGCGCAUUCUCGAAACGCAAAUGUUGGAGUUGAUGUUGCGGAUGCGCAAACGAUCUUGA